GGACAGGUGAUGGGAAUCCUGGAGCCAGAAGCUCUAUUUCAGCUCUCCCGAUAGCAACCCCAGUGAAGCCUGAACAUUCAGAUGGCCAGCGGCUCAGGGCUCAGCGUCACCGAACUCGCGGGCUCGGUGGGGUUUAUCCUGGCUGUUCUCGUAGAGGUGGGGGCCGUGCUGGGCAACAGUACACUGCUCGUGGUGGUGCUGCGCACACCGGACCUGCAAGAUGCCUUCUACCUGGCGCACUUGUGCGUUGUGGACCUGCUGGCGGCCGCCUCCAUCAUGCCACUGAGCCUGCUGGCCGCGCCGCCCGGGCUGGGCAGUGUGCCCCUGGACCCCUCGUCGUGUCGGGCGGCACGCUUCCUCUCGGCGGCUCUGCUCCCCGCAUGCACGCUCGGCGUGGCCGCUCUCGGCCUGGCGCGCUACCGCCUCAUAGUGCAUCCGCUGCGGCCAAGCGCGCGCCCGGCGCCGGCGCUGGUGCUCACCGCGGUGUGGUCGGCGGCCGCGCUCCUGGGCGCUCUCUCCUUGCUUGGGCCACCACCCGGGCCACCUCCGGCUCCGGCUCGCUGCUCCGUCCUAGCCGGGGGGCUCGGGCCCUUCCGGCCACUCUGGGCGAUGCUAGCUUUCGCGCUGCCCGCCCUCCUGCUGCUGGCCGCUUACGGUAGCAUCUUCCUGGUGGCACGGCGCGCCGCCCUCCGGCCUCCGCGCGGGACCCGGCUCCGCUCCGACUCUCUGGACAGUCGCCUUUCUUUUUUGCCGUCUCUCCGGCCACGUCUGCCCGGGGGCAAAGCGGCCCUGGCCCCAACCCUGGCGGUGGGCCAGUUUGCAGCCUGCUGGCUGCCUUAUGCCUGCGCGUGCUUGGCGCCCGCGGCGCGCGCCGCAGCCGCAGAGGCUGCUGUCACCUGGGUAGCCUACUCGGCCUUCGCGGCUCACCCCUUUCUCUAUGGCCUGCUGCAGCGCCCAGUGCGCCUGGCGCUGGGACGCCUUACCCGCCGAGCACUGCCUCGGGCCCCAAAAGCCUGCACGCCAAAAGCCUGGGACCUGCGGACACUCCUUCAGCGCCUCCAGGGACUCCGCAAGGACCCUGCCCUAGGUCCUUCUGAGGUUCCAGAACACACCCGAGAAUUGGCAGGACAGAGCCCAAGUGUGUCAGAGGCCACCUGAGAGAUUUCUCCUGAGUUGGGGCAAAGAGGGUGAGCUCAGAGGGCACAUUCUCCCACUGCUCAGGUUGUGACCGGCACUCUGCACUCACUGCUGGCUCUGAAAUGGCAGAGGGAGUGAUACAUAGCCUGGUGAGGUUUCUCCGGUACCUGAUUCUGGGCAGAAAAACUACCUGUGUGGCCUUGUACUCAAUCCUACCUUCCCAGGGGCCUCAGUGUUCCCAUCUGUAUGCUGUACCAUCAUCUCCUAAGGACCCCCCAGUGUAGACCUUUCAAACUCAUAAACACUGCCUGGUCCAGAGAGGAGAAAGACAGGCAUGGUCACAGAAAAGAGGGUCCUAAGAGCUCACAGCCAGAAGGAUGAGCCAAGCUGAAUAGGGUCUAGGUUACACCACAGUGGGAGGAACCAGUGGAGAGGCAUACCAAGUUCCCUGCCGUGUGUACCAUGGAGAAGCUGGACAGUUUGAUUCAAACCCAUCACCCAAGCUGCUCAGAAACCGGCCUGAUUUGGUGCUAAAGGCAGGAGAUUGAACAAAUAACCCCCAAGGGCCCUGCGGUUUCACUCCAGAACUGACACCAGGGACUGUCGGUCAACUAGAGCUGGUGGAUUCAGACUGGGGUUCUUUGGGGUUUCAGUUACUUCCCUUCCC